AUGCAACCAACACAGACAGCCCUAAGGGUUGGAGGAAACGGGAAAUAUAAACUAGACAGCUCUGCAAAGAUUCCCGUACCCAGACCUACAUGCGUCCUCGUAAGAAAUGUCGCUGUGGCAUUGAACCCAGCUGAUGCAAAGAUGGUCGAUCUCUCAGCAUCCUCCGGUGCGAUAGGAGGAUACGAUUUUGCUGGUGAAAUAGUGACAGUUGGUUCAGAAGUCACAAGAGAUUUGAAGAUUGGCGAUCGUGUUUGUGGACCGGUGUUUGGCAAUAAUCCCGGUAACCCAGAUUGUGGUGCAUUUUGCGAGUAUGUUGAAGUGGAAGCUCAAUUGGUCUUGAGAAUACCGGACAAUAUGUCAUUUGAAGAUGGAGCUGGGCUUGGAAUUGCUUCAGCAACUGUAGGCAUGGCUUUGUAUCAUUCGAUAGGUUUGCCGAUGGCGCCUGUUAGUCGAGGAAAAGCCCAAGAGGAGUUUGCGUUGGUAUAUGGUGGAAGCACUUCUUGUGGGACUUUGGCUGUCCAACUUCUUGUUCACUCUGGAUAUAAAGUAAUAGCAACUUGUUCUCCCAAGAACUUUCCUUUGCUCAAAUCACUACGCGCAACAGGAGUUUUCGACUAUCGAUCACCAAAUUGUGCAUCAGAUAUCCUCAAAGCAACCAAGAAUACUCUUGGUAUCGUUCUAGAUUGCAUCACAGACAGAACCACGAUGAAACUCUGCUAUGGAGUGAUGGGAGACAAAGGUGGCAAGUAUACUAGUCUGGAUCCAUUUCCAAUACCUAUGCACACACGUAGCGACAUCACACCGCACUGGGUGUUUGUCUUGACAAUGUUUGGACAGGCAAUUGCGAUGAAGGGUGCGUUCAAGCGGAAGAAGCGACCUCAGGAUGUUGAGUUCGCGAAGAAGUGGUUUGUGAGGAUGCAAGAACUUUUAGAUGGAAAUGUAAUUAAACCGCAUCCGAUACGUGUAAUUCCAGGCGGGUUGGAUGCGGUGGUAGAAGGUAUAAAUGAGCUUCGUUUAGGGAAAGUCUCGGGGGAGAAGCUUGUUGUAAGAGUUGCCGAGACAUAG